UGACGCCACGCCCCAAAGACUUGCUCAGCGGCCCGCCCCCUCGCCCUCCCCACCGCCCGCUUCCGCCUCGGCCAAUCAGCGCCUGCCCGACCGCCCUGCCCGCGGAGAGUUCGGAGCAAGAUGGCUGCGGCAUGCCGGGGCGUGAAGGGCCUGGUUGCUCUAAUAACCGGAGGAGCCUCUGGUCUAGGUCUGGCCACGGCAGAGCGACUGGUGGGGCAAGGGGCCGCUGCUGUGCUUCUGGACCUUCCCAACUCUGAUGGGGAGGUCCAAGCCAAGAAGUUAGGGAAAAGCUGCGCCUUUGCCCCAGCUGAUGUGACCUCAGAGAAGGACGUGCAAGCAGCCCUGACUCUAGCCAAAGAAAAGUUUGGCCGUGUGGAUGUGGCAGUCAACUGUGCAGGCAUUGCAGUGGCCAUCAAGACAUACAACUUAAAGAAGAAUCAGGUCCAUGCCUUGGAGGACUUCCAGCGAGUUCUCAAUGUGAAUCUCCUAGGCACCUUCAAUGUGAUCCGCCUGGUGGCUGGUGAGAUGGGCCAGAAUGAACCAGACCAGGGAGGCCAACGUGGGGUCAUCAUCAACACUGCCAGCGUGGCUGCCUUUGAGGGCCAGGUUGGACAAGCUGCAUACUCUGCUUCCAAGGGGGGUAUAGUGGGCAUGACCCUGCCCAUUGCUCGGGAUCUGGCUCCCGUGGGCAUCCGAGUGAUGACCAUCGCUCCAGGCCUAUUUGGCACCCCACUGCUGACCAGCCUCCCAGAAAAAGUGCGCAACUUCUUAGCCAGCCAGGUGCCCUUCCCCAGCCGAAUGGGUGAUCCCGCUGAGUAUGCUCAUCUGGUACAAGCCAUCAUUGAGAACCCAUUCAUCAAUGGAGAGGUCAUCCGGCUAGAUGGGGCCAUCCGCAUGCAGCCAUGAAGGGAGAGGGCAGAGAAGACACAUGCUCUUCUGUCCUUGCUUCCCUUGGAGUACUUUACUGCAGCCUGGGAGGAUGUCCCAGAGCCAUCUUGGAACUCUGCCCAGCAGUCACACUCUGCCUAAUAAAGUCUCUAUUUCUCA